UUCCCGGCAUCGUCAGUCCGUCACAGAAAGCGACAGGGUCGGGUGGGUCGAACGGUGAGCCGAGGGCGAAUUACGAAGCCCUAAGGUUACGAGAUCAGAUCUGAUGCAGCAGUCGUGUUAACCUCGGACGUUACAACUUCCCAUCGAUCUCUUCACGAUAACUAGUCGCCGGUCGUGAAGCCGGUUGUUCAGUGCGCAUUCGCAGUACAAAAGAGACUUGUGAUAUUUUUCUAGUUUUUUAGGUUCCGGAACGGAACGCUUUAGUUUUUUCGCGUUAAAAAGUGUACAAUAUAAGUAAAAAUUUGGAAAACAUGGAGAUCCUGCCGGUUACGAGUCAGUUUAACGUCGGAUUCAGUAGUGAAAAAGCAUGGAAUGGGCCGACAUGGCGAGACGCGCCGAUGCCGGUGCCGACGGAAGCGGCGCUGGCUCAGCGGCUCGAGCGGGAGCUGCGCGCGGCGAAGGGCGCCAGCGAGCUAGCGACGGCGGAGGUGCUGGUGCCUGCGGAGCUGCUGGCGCGGGCGGCGCGGCAGACGCUGGCGCUGGCGGAGGGCGAGCCGUGCGGCUCGCGCGGCGCCGCCGUCAUCGUGGACGUGGCCGGGCGGAGGCUCGCCGCGUUCAAGAUCGACCCCAACACGCUCACGACGCACGAAAUACACUUGCACCUCGAACAUGACGCCACCAACUGGACAAGCCUGCUGCCGCAAUUCUUAAAAAAUUUAACGAGAGGCGGCACCAUCAUCAUCAGCCCCCAGUUCACGAUAGAAAAGAAAAAGCUGUUCCGGAGUCAAGCGGAGUGAGCGACGGCGUGAUGAGCGUGAUAGGCGUGAUAGCGCGUGACGGAGUGAUAGCGCGUGAUGCGAGCGAGCCGACUGAUUGCCCUCCUCGAUAUCUACGUAUCGUUAUUUUAAAUAUCAAUAUUAUAUUAUGUAUAUUAUAUUUUUAAUAAGAGAAAAAAGCACAGCGUGAUAUGUAAUGUAUAGAAGUAGAGUAAGCGUCAAUAGACCGCGCGUCGCCGCUAGGGCCGCGAACUGCGCUUUGUCGACAAAGUGUCGAUGUUCGGGCGCGCGGCGGCGGCGCGCGAGCGCAGGCGCGCGGGCGCCGAGCGGGCGACUCCCCGCCCCCGCCCCGCGCGCCGCGCUGUGUAAUCAGUUCGUGUUGUGUGUCGAAUGGGGACGGAUGCCUGUUGCUGGUUGCUGCGUGAGUGGCGCGGCGGCGUUAGGUGCGCACCAUGAUCUCAGUCGCCGCCGCGCGUGUGAUAUGAUGCCCUGAUGAUGAUGACUUAGUGUUACGUAUUAUUUUUUGUUUCGAGUUCGAUUCUAUUCUGAAGUUGUGUAGAGUUCGUAUAUUACAUGUAUCGUAAUUGUAUUUAUUAGAGGCGAUCUCUCCGGAGAUCAGAUAUGUGUACGUUUUUUGUAAUUGUACUAGUUCGUACAUUUGUUUGUGAUACUACUUUUGUAAUGUAUAAAAUUUAAAUGAGAAAUAUACUUUAAUGAUGUAAUGUAAGCGAGCACGCAGAGUUUAGAGAGUCGUAUCUAUGUGGCCGCGCGAGCGGAGCAAUAAGGGGAGGCGCAGUUCCGCGCUGUAAUAUACUGCAAAGAUCUCAGGUUUAUAUAUUAUUAUAGUUAUAACAAGUAUUAAGUUAUUUAAGUUAAUAUAAAGAUUGUACUUUUUGUAAGAUUGUUUUCUAUCGCAAUAUGCGUUCUAUAGUCCAGUGGGAGACGAACUAACUGUACCUUUUGUUGACGAGUUGUUAUAUUGAGAGAAAUCCGAUGCAUUUUCUUCAUCCAGUGUAAAUUAAAUGUAUAUCAAUAGACACAGUUUUUAAAGGAAAUCUAAAUGUUUGUAGGGUCCAGUGUUCUAAAACGCACAAUAUCAUAGUAC